AUAUUUGUUAAAACCCCAAGUACCCAUUUGUCUAUUUUCUUCAAAAACCCAGAUCUUUGAUUUCAUUGCUGGGUUUUUUCGGUGUCUUUUUUUAGCAGAAUCAUAGAAAAAAGUGACUUUUUGAGGGAGAAAUAUGGCUCCACCUACAAGAAUAGGACUUGCUGGUUUGGCUGUUAUGGGCCAAAAUCUUGCACUUAACAUUGCCGAGAAAGGCUUCCCCAUUUCUGUUUAUAACCGAACUACUUCUAAAGUUGAUGAGACUGUUGAAAGAGCUAAACAGGAAGGAGAUUUGCCUGUAUUUGGUUUCCAUGAUCCUGAAUCUUUUGUUCAGUCGAUCCAAAAACCUCGAGUGAUAAUCAUGCUUGUUAAGGCAGGGGCUCCCGUUGAUCAAACCAUUAAGACUCUCUCUAAGUACAUGGAGAAAGGUGAUUGUAUCAUAGAUGGUGGCAACGAGUGGUAUGAAAACACUGAGAGGCGGGCAAAAGCUAUGGCUGAACUGGGUUUGUUAUACCUUGGAAUGGGAGUUUCAGGUGGUGAAGAAGGUGCACGAAAUGGUCCCUCUUUGAUGCCUGGAGGGUCAUUUGAAGCUUACAAAUACAUCGAAGACAUUCUUCUUAAGGUUGCAGCUCAAGUUCCAGAUAGUGGCCCCUGUGUGACUUACAUUGGCAAAGGAGGAUCUGGUAAUUUUGUCAAGAUGGUUCAUAAUGGAAUUGAAUAUGGUGAUAUGCAGCUGAUUGCAGAGGCUUAUGAUGUGCUGAAAUCUGUUGGAAAAUUAUCGAACAAAGAACUACACUGUGUUUUCUCAGAAUGGAAUAAGGGGGAGCUUUUGAGCUUCUUGAUUGAAAUCACUGCUGAUAUAUUUGGAAUUAAGGAUGACAAGGGAGAUGGUUAUUUAGUUGAUAAGGUUUUGGACAAAACUGGCAUGAAGGGUACUGGUAAAUGGACUGUACAGCAAGCAGCUGAUUUGUCUGUUGCAGCUCCCACAAUUGCAGCUUCUUUGGAUUCAAGGUUCCUUAGUGGAUUGAAGGAGGAAAGAGUUGAAGCUGCUAAAGUCUUCAAAUCAGGAGGACUUGGUGAUGUCUUGACUGAGCAAACUGUGGACAAGGCAAGAUUAAUUGAUGAUGUAAGGCAAGCUCUCUAUGCAUCCAAGAUUUGCAGUUAUGCUCAGGGCAUGAAUCUCAUUCGUGAAAAAAGCAUUGAGAAGGGUUGGGACUUGAAAUUGGGGGAACUGGCUAGGAUAUGGAAGGGAGGUUGUAUCAUCCGAGCUAUUUUUCUGGACAGAAUCAAGAAGGCUUAUGAUAGAAACCCUGACCUUGCAAACCUUCUUGUUGAUCCAGAGUUUGCAAAGGAAAUCAUUGACAGACAAUCUGCUUGGAGAAGAGUUGUUUGCCUUGCUAUAAACUCAGGUAUUAGCACUCCUGGCAUGUCAUCCAGUCUUGCUUAUUUUGACACCUAUAGGAGGGAACGAGUACCAGCUAAUAUGGUUCAAGCUCAACGAGAUUAUUUUGGUGCCCAUACUUAUGAAAGGAUUGAUAUGGAGGGUUCUUUCCACACUGAAUGGUUCAAGAUUGCCAAACAGCUAAAAAAUUGAGUCUACUCCAGCUUGUACUCUUCAGGACUCCCAAUAAGUAUAAUAACGUCUGCUCUGGCCUCUAUGCUAGACAGAGCUACACCAUGAUUAUUUCUUUGAAAUUUAUCUUAAACCUCAUUUCUCGAAUCCAGCUGCGAAUUUAGACUGUCUUUCUGUGUUAGAGUGCUGCUGCUUUUAGUUUGUCUUUCGAUGUGGGUAUGAAUCAAGUCUGUGGCCCCAUUUUUGGCUUUAAUGUGAUAUUUCACCCAAUGUGAGUCACUGUUGGUAAUCAGAUGUCCGAACCUAAAGUUAUAAGAGAAGGUUAAUUUUUGUUUUUCUUGA